GUUCAACUAACAUCCGUCGCCGUAUCCGCCUCGAAUGUGUCACUUCUCGAAAACACUUUCUCGUGUUAUUUUAGUAUACAUAGUUAACAUUUAACUUAUUGUAAGUUAGGUAGUUUAUUCGUGAUUUUAUGGAAUGGCAGAGACCGAGGAAAAAGGCUCAGAUGACUUGGAAGGGUAUGAGAAGGUUGAGCAUGAGGAUGUUGAAGACAUGAUCUGGGCUGAAGAGCCACAGUUGGAGUUUGAUGACUCUGAGUUGCAGCAGUCCGCCAAAGAAGAACUGAAGGAGCUGGUGGACGAGAUCAACAUGGCUGGGGAGGCGAGUGUGCAAGCGGAGGAGAGCUACUUUGAGCCAAACUUCGAAAAAGAGCUAGGAACCCCAGACGAAAGCCUACCACAGAGUGACGACUUCAUGGAAGUGGCGGAACAUGGGAUUGUAGAGUUUGCAGGUGACGACGUAUAUGGCAGGAAAGUGAUUGUGAUCUCAGCGUGUAAACUACCUUCUAACAAGUCUUUCAAUCACGACAGAUUUCUCAGAUAUCUGAUGUACACUUUGGACAAGUACGUAGAGAAUGACUACAGCCUGGUAUACUUUCACUAUGGCCUUAGAAGUCAUAACAAGCCCUCGCUGGCCUGGCUUUGGGAGGCAUACAAGAUGUUUGACAGGAAGUAUAAGAAGAAUCUGAAAGCCUUAUAUUUAGUCCAUCCAUCAAAUUUUAUCCGCAUUCUGUGGAACAUGUUUAAGCCAGUACUGAGUGCAAAGUUUGGCAAGAAGGUGAUGUAUGUGAACUACCUGAAUGAACUGAAGUCACAUCUGCAUUUUGACCAGCUAAAGAUACCUAAACCUGUGCUCGACCACGAUGCACGUAUGAUGGAGAGAUACAAGAGAACAUCUCAGCCCCAAUCUGGUGCAUUCUACACUGACCGCAUCCUGAGCACACAGCAGUUUGGAGUGCCAGUUCAAACAUUACAGGAAAGAAAUGGUGGGGAUCCCAUACCACCAGUUCUCAAAAAAAUCACAAGCUAUCUUGAGCAGGAGGGUCUCGGAACUGAGGGCAUAUUCAGGAGAUCUGCAGUGGCUAGUACAAUACGCAAAACACAGGAAAAAAUUGACGAAGGUCAGGAUGUAGAUUUCAACGUGAUAGGGGACAUUAAUCUGGCUGCAGUCUUACUAAAGAAAUUCCUGAGAGAACUACCAGAGCCACUAAUGACGUUUGAAUUGUACGAGGAUGUCAUUACUGUAGAAGAUUUGAACAAGGAAGAGCUGAAGGUAGCAUACGUGCGCGAACUGGUCAACAAAUUGCCAAUGGUUAACUACCAGCUGCUCAGAUUCAUCUGUGAAUUUCUUGACAAGGUGAUACAGCGCAGUGAGGAUAACAAGAUGACGGCAGCAAAUCUCGCAAUAGUUUUUGGUCCUAAUUUGAUCUGGUCUCAGUCGCAAGCAUCCCUAUCUGCAAUGGCGCCCAUCAAUGCGUUGACACGAAUACUGUUUGAGAACUUCACCGAGAUUUUCAGCAGGUAGUGCCGGCUACGCGACGACGAUUUAUGAUCGUUACGCUCGAAUAGUUUUAAUGCCUCUUGUUAAUAAGUGAAAACUGUCGAUGCUGAUCUCCGGACGAGGAAGAUUAAGGGUGAAGUCAGGUGAUUGGAUUGACUAGCUGUUGAUUGUGUAUUUAUGUGAACAUAGGCAAUCGAUAGAGCCAGGCUGUGCCUGAAAGUUCUACUGCGACGUCAGCUGCCCUGACUGUUCUAACCUGCAGUGUUUAUACAUGCAAAUUUGCAUUACGCUACUGUUUACUAACCUAAUUUCCUUUGCACUGGUGUCGGGCAACUUUAUCGAUGAUGCAGUGGGAUUUUUGUUGCCACUUGCCAGUACUUUUACCUAUACGUGGAAAUGCAGGUGAAGUCUAAAAUGUCGCUAUUUACUUACGUGUCAUUGCCAUUUUCAUCAUCAAGAAAUGGAAAAAAGGAAAAGGAAAGCGCAGGACGUUUUUUAUUGAUCGCACAUUCAAUUCGGUUGUGUCAUAAAAACAUGACUUACAAUGAUUGCCCAGAUUUCGAUAUAAUCAAGAAUUUUGGUCAUGAUAGUUAUAAUAGUGAAGACUGGCAUCAAUAGCAUCUACGUGCACUUUUUUAUGAAAUGAAGUACAAAGACAAAUUUCCUCUUUUCGCAUACAUUCAUAAAAACACCAUCACCAAAUCUAACAUUCCUAGUCUCAUCAAUAUGUGUUAUCCCCGUCACAUUUUAUAUUACGAUUUUGCUAAGGUCCAACUUUGUCCAUCAUAUUUUGUUGAUUUCAUUAAUUUUUGAAUUCAGUUAUUUUUGUUUUAUAGAGGGCGACUAGUAACGUCAGUAGUAAGAUAUAGUAAAUAUGUAUAUAUCAAUUGCAUGAAAGCAUUGUUAACAAGAAAGUAGUUAGUAAGUUUGACUGUAUAAAUAUUUACGACAGGGAUCCUGUUCAUAGUUUAUAAAACUAUGCAGCAAAAAGUGCUGACAUAAUUUCUAUCACCUUGGUCAAGAUGAGGACUUGCUUCUCCAAACUCGGAAUUACAUGUGCAUACACAUUCCUAGUACAUUCCUUAUUCGUUUGAUACAAUAAUGAAAUUGUCACAAAACCUAUGCCAAGCUGUAACUUUGUUGUAACUAACUGCGAUGAAACAUUACGUUUUUAAGGCAGGCAUUUCUGGUGUAUAGGUUGGUAAGAAUGCCGGUUUCCUUCCUUGAAUUGCUGCACGCCUCGUAUAUUCAUGUAAAUGUGCACGUGUAAGUUAAAUAAUUAGCCAUUAUAAAAAGAUUAUUAAGGAGAAGGCCAGUUGGAUUAUCUGAGAAUGAAAUCGACAAAGCUGUGGGUUAGUAAAUAACGACAAUAUCAAAAUAAAGAUCAGGCGCUGACCACUGUGUAUAUUUAAUUGUACUGAUUUUCGACUGUGAAAUGAACGUGGGCAAGUUUUUGCUUAGCAGAAUUUGUUUUUACCCAGGUCAAUUACCACCUUAUUUAGAUAUAUGCUUAGCUAAUCACCUGACGUUUUCCUAUGUAUCUAUCAACAGUUUAAUUAUACGAAUAUGAAACUGUAUCAACAUUUCCUGACUGAUUGAAGUGUCUGUCCAGUACGUGUGCAGUUGGUACUAUUAGCUAUUCUUCAUUGAUAUGUGGCAAUAAUUAAGUGUAUGUAUAGCUGAAAACUCGACACACGUAAGUCUUUGAAGGUAUUUAGAUGAAAUUAAGCACUGGAUAAUAUAAUAUAUAACCUAGCAGGUUGUAUAAAUUGUGAACAUAUUUAUUCUAAAUUGUGAACAUAUUUAUUCUAAAUUUUUAUUCUAAUUUUAUGUUCUGCAUUGAUGGUGCUUGUACUUUUGAGUGGGAAUCAGCAGAAAUAAUUGUCUGCAAAAGACGAGGUGUUUUGCAUCAAAUAUAUUUUAGUAUGGUAAAAUAAAUAAAAAAGCAUUUACUAGAUUACUGUCAAAAUUAUUAAAGUAACAUUCCAGAAACAAUAUGCAACACAUAUAGAAAUUAAACCUGUAUAGUUAUCAAUCUUGGUUAUAAAGAGGUUUAGGGUAGGGAGGUUGUAGGGGCCAAUAGGGGUCCGCUUGUCUGUUUGCUUCUAACUACAGCAUAACUAUACAACAUAUAGAAUGUUGUCAAUUAUAGUCUCUCCAGUGUCAACCUUAGCGGUAUAUAUAUAAAGUUUAAAAAUGAAGACGUGAAUUAUUUUCGAGUGUACUGAAAGCCUUGCGAAAUUAUUAUUAUUAUAUAUUUUUAAAGGCAAGUAACUUUGCUCGAUUUUGCAAACGUUUUUGAAGUGGCAUAUAUAUGAUCCAGUGUCAGUCUGUAUCAGCCGAUUAUCAAAUUUUCCACCUCCAUAUGAAAUGUGACUAAAAUUUCCUUGCGGGCAAAUUGGCAUUACGCAGUCACAAAGUACCGACUGGCAAUCAUGCGAAAUUUAUUCGAAACUCACAUAAUGAUAAAGACCAUAAUAUGUAAUAUCCAGAAUAAAGCAAGCGAUAUUUCUUGUAUAAGUGUAAAUAAGAAUUUUAGGGUUCAAUAAAUGGUCGAGAACCAAGCCGAAAGGCUUUGUAUGCACUGAACUGGCAGCAAUGUGUGUUGUGUGCGUGUGCGUGUGCGUGUGCGUGUGCGUGCGCGUGUGCGUGCGCGUGUGCGUGCGCGUGCAAGUGCGUGUGUGCGGGUUUGAACGCGCGCGGGUGUAGACAACUAACACAAUUACUAGUUAUUUGUUUUAUAAUGACAAGUACUAUUAUAGCAAUUGUGUAAAUUA